AUAUAUAAUCUGAAACCAAACAAUUUAUUUUCUGUACGUCUUAGGAUAUAAAACAAAUCCUAGUUCAAUAUUUGACAAAAUCUAAAUGAUUGAAACAAUAUUAGAUUGUAGUAUCAAAUUACCCCCUUUACAAACUGCAACAAUAAAAAGAUCUGACAGUCCUGGUUCAAUGUCAUCUUGAGAGAAGAACGCCAUCGAUUCUCUUCAGUAUUUGUUCUAAUACAUAUGUAUUUGAAUGAGAAAAAAUGGAAUAAUUAGGGCUUGAAGUUUAAUUAUAUACAUAAGAACGCUAAGAGGAUAGGAAUCUUUGAUGUUGUGUAAAUGAGAGCUUUGAAUAAGUAUCAUAAGUGCAAUUUAUUUUAUACGUUUAAAUAUCCGUACAUUAAAAUAGUAUAUAUUUAAAAAUGUUGGUUAUAUAACAUCGAAAAUAAAAUAUAGAAUUUAGAAAACAUGUUACUAUUCGAGAGGGAUAUUUAAAAUAAUAUAAAGAUAUGACGAUGUCCAAGGCGGAGACUUUCAGUUUUAGACCAAAGUUGAUCCGAGAGGAGACAUUACUUGAAGAUCCGCCGAGAAAAUACUGGGAACCUCAGGACAUAAAAAUCAGAUUAUAUUUACGAGAAUGUGAGAGAUUAAAGGUGAUACCAGUAAGUGCGUACCUAAAACAAGGAACGAAGAAUUCUCUCAAAAUAAAACAUUAUAACAUGGGACCGAAUGGAGCUAAAGCUCUCGCCGCUGCACUGUUGCUAGACACGGCUAUCUCGUAUCUCGACAUAGAAGGUAACUCGAUCACUUCACUCGGACUGUCCAGUAUUAAAGAAGCUCUAUCAGAAAAUAUGCAUAUCUCAUACCUGAAUAUAGCUGACAACAAAUUGGGAAGUCAAGGUGCUGAACUUAUAGGAUCAAUGAUGGCACAUAAUCACGUGCUCGAAAUAUUUGAUGUUUCCAAAAAUGGAUUUCGAGAUUCAGAUGCUCAUAUAUUUGCUAAAAUUAUCAGUGAAAACAGAACUUUGAAAGAAUUAAUUCUUGCCGGUAACGAAUUUGAAGAUCGAGCUGGAACCGAAUUUGGGACAGCUUUGGCUUCAAAUGACAUUCUUGAAAGACUAGAUGUUAGUUGGAAUCAUAUACGUAAGAAAGGUGCUGCAGAUUUUGCUCAAGGUGUAAAGGAAAACGUAGGAUUAAAGAAGUUGAAUGUUAGUUUUAACGGUUUUGGCACAGAGGGUACAGCUUUUAUGGGUGUGGCUCUUGCAACAAACCGGACCUUACUUGAACUUGACAUGUCCAAGAACCGGAUCACCGAACUUGAUUUAAAAUUAUUCACCAAACAAAUGGCACAAAACGACACUCUGCAAAUUCUGCGGAUAGGAGAAAACCUUUUUAACGCUCUUCCUGCAAUGGAAAUAUUGAGGGUUGUACUUGCCUUAGAAACGUCAUCUAUUCAAGUAUUGGACUUCGGGACAAUGUGUGUAGAUCAGUGUUUUCUAAUGGUCCUUAAAGAACUACAAGAUGUGAAAGAUGUUAAAGUUAUACAUGGUAGAAUACAGAAUGUUUACCUGGACAGGGACAUGAUGCCUGUACCUGAAAAUCCCGACCAAGACCUCACAGAAUACAGCGGAACAACGCCAGGAUUUAGUGAAAUAGACAAAAGUGAAAAAGGUAAAACUUACGUUGUUGAGGAAAUGGAUAAAAACACUGAAACUGACAAUGAUGAAAUGGAAGGAAACAAUAAGGGAGAUGAAAAUGAGAAAAGAACUGAUGAUAGUGGUGAAACAAAGUUGGAAAAAGGGGAAGAAAAGGGUGAUGAAGAAGGUAUUGACUUUGAUGAAAAGAAACUUGAUGAUGAAGUAGAAGCUGUAACUGGUAAACCUGAACCAGAGAAUAAGGUCCAGAAACCUCUAGCUGAUGAUAGAGGAAGUGCCGGAACUCUUACACCGGAUAUAUAGUUAAACUUAAAUAAUGUAAAUGUUUCAUCAGUAGUACUAGUUAAUUAUUUAAUGUUCUUAGUACAUAAGUCAAACAGAUAAAAAUGAUAAAUUUAACUAUCUAAGUACAUAAGUCAUAGAGGAUAUUUGUUUGUUUUGCAUGUAAGAUUGAAAUAUAAUUUCACUGAGUGAACAUCAGAUGCAAUAUUUUUACGAUACGAGUGGCGUAGCCACGAGUGAAAAUAUAAUAGCUGGUGUUCACGAAUAACAUAUAUUUCAAUCUUAUAUGUAAAACAAAUAAAUUUUCUUUUUAUUUCAUGCCUUUUAAGUGAUUUUAAGUAUUUUUUACUGAUUUUGCAGCGUAACGUCGCGCAUUCUCCUUUGUGACGUCAUCACAUCAUGACGUCACAUCAUCAAUUUUGAAAUAUAGUUCUGUUUAAUUUCUCUUAUUUUGUUACAUUUUUAACAUGAUGUAUGGUGACAUCGACUUUCUUUUCCUAAAGAAGCAAAAUUUACGUAUGACGGCAUUUAAUUCUACCUGUUAUUCCAUUUAUUUAUGACUUUCUUUUCAUCCGCAUUCAGAUAAAGUCCGGCUACAGUGAAAAUUAUAUUUUAUAAAUUUCACUUGUGGUUUAUCAGAAUUUAUUUCAUGCUUUCCA